GCAAUUGUAUCCUUCCACCACCACCAUUGCCAACAGCUCCAUCUCCUUCCUCAAUUCUCCUUAUCCGGCUGAGAAGGUUAUGCCGCUCAGACAUAUAUUACCUACCACUAUACCACAAUUCUGGUAAGCUUUUUCCAAUUCUCAUGGAGUACCAGGCCGGAAAGCCGCUGAAAGUACGUAAAGACUCACACAAGAUCAGGAAACCGCAGGCGGCCGCGGCGCCCCACCACCGACCGCCGGUGGUUAUAUACACAGUCUCUCCGAAGGUGAUCCACGCAAACCCUAGUGAGUUCAUGACGCUGGUCCAGCGCCUCACCGGCUCGUCUUCCGAUGCUUCCUCUUCAUCUUCUUCGUUUCCGGGGAACAGUACCGGUGCAAUGUCACCGGAGAAGAAGAACCCGGCAGGUAGAGACGUGAACGUGGAUGAAUUCAUAGACUUAAGCACAAGAAUGGGGAAGACUGGUAUUUUAUCGGCUGGUCCUGGUGCUCUUCCAUCCAUACCAUCAAACUUGUUUUCUUCACCGACUCAUCAGCCCAACUCCAUGAAUUUCUUCCAUGAUUUGAGCCCUUUCUUGCAAGGCAGCAAGAACUUUAUGAAGAGUACUUUCAUGCCAACUUCAGCUUCAAACGUUUUCAACAAUUUCUAUGACUUCAAUUAGCCCUUUCUCUGGCCGUCUUCCUGUGGUGAGGAUGAUUCAAAUGGGGAGUAAAUGUUUUUUUUUUUUUUUUAAUUUAGAAAUUGUCCCGCAUUACGUUAUUUUUAUAUAAAAAUUCUGUAUGAAUAUCACUUUUGUUCUUUAUUGGUUAGGUUAUAUAGUUUAGGGUUUUGGUUGGGAUUUUUCUUUCUUGAUGUUUUCGGGCAACUAAACUGACUAGUCAUGAGAGGAGGCAAUCUGUCUCACAUAUCGUUCUCAUCUGUGAA